UUAAUGCCUGGAGCAGUCGGCUGUGCCCCAGAGUUUGGACCAUGUAACAAGAUGGCGGUACUCUGGGUCAUCUUACACCUGAUGUUGGUGUUGAGCGAUGGGAUCGCGUCAGGAGAGGAAGCCAAGGACGAUGGGGAAAACAGGGAGAGCCGUUGGUACAACACCACAACACCAGCGUACAAUUACACUACUUGGGGAUACUACAUGUAUAUCGAGACUUCCUCAGGUGGGUCGGGAGAGGUAGCUCGUCUUCGCAGCCCAACCGUCUACGGCUAUGAUUGGUACUGUCUGCAGUUCGCCUACCACAUGUACGGGACUGACAUCAAUCAGCUGCGGGUACUGAUCGGGUCAAACCUCGUGUGGAGCCGGUCAAACAACCAGGGAAAUAGCUGGCAUCUCGCUUCCGUGCAAGUCUACAUACACAAUGAUCAGGUCGUGUUUGAGGGUGUUCGUGGUGGCAGCUAUAGAGGGGACAUCGCCAUUGACGACGUUAUCCUGAACCCUGGACCUUGCCCGUGGACAGACAGUCCACACAGUACAGAUUUCAUCACCGAAGAACCGACCGCAGCUCCUACCACUUGGUGGUGGACCACGGCCUGGAACAACUGGAUGACGCCAGCUGACCAUACUGACUAUUAUUACAACUUCCAUGUCCGACUAAGGGGCGGAGACGGCUACAGCUACGGCAGAGUGGAGGUCUACUACAACGGACAGUGGGGGACUGUCUGUCACGACGGCUUCGGGUGGAACGAGGCCAACGUGGUCUGCCACGAGCUGGGAUUCGACCAGGUCGACACGUACUACCGCAACGCGUACUACGGACAGGGUAGCGGACCGAUAUGGAUGGACGACCUGAACUGUUACGGGUCUGAGAGCUCCCUGCAGUACUGCCCACAUCGCGGCUGGGGGAACCACAACUGUAACCAUGGGGACGACGUCUCAGUCUCAUGUAUCGCUUCUACAACUACUGACAAGCCCUGGUGGUGGACAACUACUGACAAACCCUGGUGGUGGACAACCAUGAACUGGUGGAAGACAGAGGUAACUACUGUAAGUGUUCCUGGCGGGUGGAGGUGGACAACGGACUGGAAAUGGUGGGAGACAACGCAAGAUCCGUUGACGACAGAUGUGGAAAUCACUACAGAGGAACCAACCCCCGGCUGGUGGGAACAAACCACAAAUUACUGGGACUGGUGGCAAACUACACCAGGUGAUGAUGAUAUUAGACCCGACGCCGUUCCAUGUGGCGGACAGUUCUACCAAUCUUCCGGCAUCAUCGAGAGUCCACACUACCCAAACAGCUAUUUUAACAACGCCAACUGUCAUUGGAUCCUCACCGGGUACAUCGGAACUAUUGUGGAAAUCGGAGUGGAGCGUUACAACCUGGAAUCUUGCUGCGACCACCUGAGCAUUUACGAUGGUCGAUCCACCAGUUCGCCCAGACUUGCUCGUCUUAGUGGAACAGGAUCCUCGAGGUACUACUACAGCUCAUCCAAUGAAGUUAUGAUCCACUUCACAAGCGAUGGAAGUGUGGUAGACAACGGCUUCAGGAUUAGAUUUUAUCACUUCCAGGUACGACUGAGGGGCGGAAACGGCGGCAGUUCCGGCAGAGUGGAGGUCUACUACAACGGACAGUGGGGGACUGUCUGUGACGACAACUUUGGCUGGCAAGAAGCGCGAGUCGUCUGCCGUGAACUGGGAUACUCUACUGUUUACACCUACCACCACAACGCGUACUUCGGACAGGGCAGCGGACCGAUAUGGAUGGACAACCUGAGCUGCUCCGGAUCUGAGAGUUCCCUGCAGUACUGCCGACAUAACGGCUGGGGGAGCCACAACUGUCGACAUGGGGAGGACAUCGGAGUAGUCUGUGGCUGUAAGUUACAGUUUCGUAUGCGUACUUCUUAUGUCUUUAUGCCACAAAUGGAUGGAUACUUCCAGGUCCGACUGAGGGGCAACGGUAGUGACUACCACAGCUACGGCAGAGUGGAGGUCUACUACAACGGACAGUGGGGAACUGUCUGUGACGAUGGUUUCGGCUUUCAAGAUGCCCGAGUCGUCUGCCGUGAGCUGGGAUUCUCCGACUACUACACCUACCACCACGGUGCGUACUUCGGACAGGGCAGCGGACCGAUAUGGAUGGACGACCUGAGGUGCAACGGGUACGAGAGCUCCCUGAAGGACUGCCCACGUAACAACUGGGGAAGCCAUGAUUGUAGUCACCACGAGGACGUCAGCGUAAUUUGUGAUACCGGCAAUACAACUGCACCACCAUGGACGUGGACGACUGAUUCCUGGAAUGACCCAUGCAGCAACUACAUAGUACUGAAUGAGGCAUGGAGAAGUACCGAAAAUGUAAGCUCUAAUUCGGGUGUUCAUUGCGAUCACCGGUUUAACGGGGAGUGGUACCGCUUCAUGGAACCUGCCGGAACGUCAAUGCCUACAUCUCCACCCCAGUCCACACACAGAUGUGGUACUCAUGCCCCGAUGUGGAUGAACGGAGUACACCCGACCGUUGGUGCCGGUGAAGUGUCUCGUGGCGUCUGCGCAUUCUGGGAAAACAAUACCUGUGAAUGGUCCACAACCAUCCAGGUGAAGGCGUGCAGCGCUGGUUACUACGUGUACAAAUUACCCAGGGCUCCUGUAUGCUCGCUGGCUUACUGUGGUGUCUCUGACUCGGGAGGAGCCAACAACACUUACCUUCCUACGGUCAACCCACCAUGGCACACUUCCAAACCUGAUUUGGGCAUGACCGGUUCCUGUGACUCCGACAUGAUGACCGUGACCUUUGACCUGUGGGUUGCCCCGUGGCUUGACGGGAAUCGCAUGCACUUCGCCGACCCCACCUGUAAGGCCUUCAACAAUGGUUCUCACCUCAUCUUAGCGACUAAACUCAGCGACUGUGGGACGAAAAGGAACGAAACAGACGAUUACGUCAUCUACACCAACAAGGUCCUCAUGUACUCGUCCAACCACAGCGUCAUCAUCCGGGACCUUCAGCUGGAGGUCCCCGUCACCUGCAAGCUACCGCGCAAGUCCGUAGUUUCCGCCCAGUUUACGGCAGACUCCAACGCCGUGAGGUACAACCUCGAGAGGGAGGGACAGUUUGACAUCGCGCUGCAGUUUUACCACAGCUCGAUGUUCUACUCCGCGCACACGGGGCCGGUGGGGCUGCAGCUUAACGAGAGAGCGUACGCGCAGGUGCGGCUCUCGUCUGACGACAAUCUCCGCAUCAGGGUGGACUCCUGUGUGGCCACGCCUUCACGGAACCCGGCCGAUACGGUCAUCUACAGCGUCAUCGAGAACAACUGCCCAAAAGACCCGACUGUGAUGACGUACUACACAUCGUCCCCGAAGGUGGAACGUUUCGGGUUCCGAGCUUUCCAGUUCGCCAACGGACAGAACCAAGUCUAUCUGCACUGCCUGGUUCAGGUCUGUGACGUCGGACCCCAACUCGCAGUGCACCCUGGGAUGCAUGAGGCGUGGUGACCGGGAGAAACGUGAGGCCACGCCUAGCAACCAGCUACAUCAGGUGUCCGCGGGCCCCAUCUUCCUGCGCAUGACCGGAGACGACGAGGGCGUCGACUUCUCCGCUGAGAAGAAGACCUACACGUCCAGCGACUUUGCGCAGACCCCGGCCCUGACCCUCGCCGUCGCCGCCGUGGCCGGUCUGGCCGUGGUCGUUCUCGGCAUCGCCGCCAUGGCGUUCGUCUACAAACACCGCCGCGACAAGAUGGCCUUCCGGUACCAGCCUGUCGAUACCGCGGAGACAUACUAAGUAACAAGCUAACUAGAGUUUAAUCUGAUUAGCAUGGAACAGGGCCAUAGUGAGUAGUGACUGCAGUGUCUUAAAACAAGUACUCGGAGAAAUAAAGCAUUGGGUACACAAAUAAAGCG